GUAAUGCCGAUCCAGUCGUGUCCGACUCCGGAGCUUCUCACUAGCUCGGAUUAAAUCCAUCCGUUGGUCGCCCCCAACGAAGGCCGAUAAAUGCAGAGCGGAAAGGAAUAACAAGAAUUCUACAACGUCGUACUCAGCGGAGGAUGCGCAACUGCGAUUUGCAUCGUGUUGGUCGGAUAUAAUCAAGACGAGAUGAGAAUGGCUGAUCGCCCCUCUUCCAUGUCGGGUAUGGAUGAGCCCAUCAAUGUGGUGGCCCGGAACGGUCAAGAGUUCGACAAGUUUUCCAAGCGGAGCUCCGACCUGUCCAGCGAGGUUUCAGACCAGUCGCCCCCGACCCCCGCGGAGGGGGACAUGAAGCGAUUCGUCACCAAACCGCCUACCGCGAAACUUCCCUUACCGAGCGACACAACGGACGGUCAACCCGCCAUCCGUCCCACCUUUUCCCACCUCUACCACUCCCCCAACACCUCCCGGUCGCUGUCCACUCGGAACUCUUCCAGCUCGCUCCAGGCACUGAACGAAGGCACCGUGGUUGAUGCCCGGUCGGAACUGGGCGGUCGGCCGAGCCCCCUCUCCCGACGUACCUCGUAUGUCACGCAGUCCGAGUCCCCACCCGCCGAGUAUCCCGUCUACCCCGAUCAAUCCUACGAAGUUCUCCAGUCCCAGGUCCAUCCCACCUACCAACGACCGUCUCUGUGGACCGGGGGCUCGCACCAUGCUCGGUCAGAUACCCAAUUGCGAUAUGGCUCGCGAACCUCUCGAACAGCAGGCAACACUCCGGUCUCCAGCCCGGGUCUCUUCUCCUUUCGCAGUCGUCGGUCCACGCCUUUCAGUUCCGAGGACGGUCGGGUCAGCAGCCCGUACCUUCAUCCAACGCACCUGCAACCCCCAAAAGAAACUCACACGGUCGAGGUCGAUCGUGACACGGUGACCGGCAACAAGUUGAUCAACCAGUAUGAGAUUCUCGAGGAGCUUGGACGCGGGGAGCACGGGAAGGUCAAGCUCGGGCGGCAUGUUGUGACUCGUCAGAAGGUGGCCAUCAAGAUCGUGCAGCGCCAUCCCAAGCAGCGUCGUCUGGGUAAACUCGGCAACCCCGAAGACAAAGUCAAGAAGGAAGUCGCUAUUCUAAAGAAAGCCCGUCACCCCAACGUCGUCAGUCUGCUGGAAGUCAUCGACGAUCCGAAUCGCCAGAAAGUAUAUAUUGUCCUGGAGUAUGUCGAGAACGGCGAGAUUAUCUGGCGGAAGCGAGGACUUCGGGAAAUCGUGCACGUUGACAAGCGCCGGCUGGAGCGGGAGAAGGCGGGCAUUGCGGACUCACCGUCAUUCGUUGAAGAGUGUCAGCAGUACGUCCGGACCGCUCAACACCUUCGUCAGCAGCGCGAAAAGGCGCGUCAGCGACGUCAAGAGCAGGCGGACAACGCUCGGAAAGCGCCCAUUCCCGCCUGGAGUCUGGAACACGGUGCGGAAUCGGACGAGGAGGAGUCGGAUCUGACAUUGGCCCGAACGGUCAGUCGUUCCUUGGCUAGUCAUGAGGACCCGCGGUCCUCCCCUAGCCAUUCAUUCGCGUCCGCACUGGCCGCCAUCGAAGGCAGUAUGUACGGGUCCUACCCUGACGACUCGAUGGAGAGGCGGUUUAGCACCGCGUCCAGCAGUUUCGGGAACGCCCCUUCGGAGCCAGAGUGGUUUUCCGACGAAGACGAUAUGUCGUUCGUGCCGUGUUUGACCUUCGACGAGGCGCGCAACGUCUUUCGGGAGUCGUUGCUCGGUCUCGAGUAUCUCCACUACCAAGGCAUCAUCCACCGGGACAUCAAACCCGCCAAUCUCCUGGUCACGAGUAGCUACCGGGUCAAGAUCUCCGACUUCGGAGUUUCCUAUCUGGGGCGCCCCAUCAGGGAGGACGAGGGUGACCAGCUCAAUGACAGCGAGGUGACGGAGUUGGAUGACGCUCGAGAAUUGUCCAAGACCGUGGGAACGCCCGCCUUCUACGCCCCCGAGCUGUGCUACACGGGCGAGGAUUUCGUCGAGACGAUCGGGUCCGUGCCACGCAUCACCGAGGCCAUCGAUGUUUGGUCGCUCGGGGUGACACUGUACGGCAUGAUCUUUGGACGGUUGCCGUUUGUGUCCGAUGACGAAUACAGCAUGUUCCAGACGAUUGUGAAAAAGGAUGUUUUCAUUCCGCGCAAGCGCCUCGUGCCCGUGGAGAACGAGCCGAAUACGGUGAGCCAGUGGCCUCGUUCGUUGUCCGGCAGCAAACGGAUGGCGGGCGAACUCGUCUACGAAGACAUCGACGAUGAGCUGUACGAUCUGCUGAAACGCUUGUUGACCAAGGACCCUGCCAAGCGUAUCACGGUGAAGGAGAUCAAGCACCACCCGUGGACUCUCGACGGUCUGCCCAACCCCCGCGUGUGGGUGGAGGAAACCGAUCCCAACUACCAAAGCAAAGGAAAGAAAAUCGAGGUGUCCUCCGAAGAGGUCACGUCGGCGGUCAGCAAAGUGCCGUUUAUCCAGCGGGUGCGGUCGAACGUGGCCAAGUGGUCCAGCUACCUGACCGGUCGGUCGAAAGACAAGGACUUCCGCCGACGACCCCCUAGUAUGACUCCCUCGUUUGAUGCCGCAUUCUCCGCGAGCACCUCGAGCUUCCCCCGGCACUUGUGGGAUGGUCGGCGGCUCAGUCUCCGGGACGAGGAUUUCUCGCGGGUUUUCCGAAUGGCGGCCCGGGACGGUGGUGAGCACCCGCUCUCGCAGAGCGUCACCGCCAGCCCGGUCGGUCGGGACGACCACACGUCCUAUUUCCAGGAAAUCGGCUUUGACUGGACCCCGUCGCAUGAUCGAACCCCACGCCCGGGCCCGCCGGCGCGUACCACGUCGUCCUUAUCCACCGCUGAAUCUGCGAAGACCGUGCGAGCUUCCAACUCGGCCACCCCGCUCGCUGCCCAGCGCCCCGAAUCAACAUCGACGACCAGUAUCGGAGGGUUAUUUGGCGGUGCCAGCCGUCGACUGGCGCGGGGUCUGCAUACCGGUGACAAGCGCUCUGAUAAGGUGGUCCCCGUGGAGACCGCCGUUGCGCACGGCGACCGUCGCUCGCAGCCCAGCCUGGCCGUGAGCGCCGCUUCUGCGGUCGGUCAGAUGCAACAGCUGAACCUGCUCCCGGAGGGCGAUGAACCGGUCCCGGUAGGCUCGGAUAGUCUGUGCCCUGCUGGCACGGGACACCGGCGCAACAAGUCUCAACAACUGCCGCGGAAAUCGUCCACGGAGCCGCUGGAAUUGUCCAAGGAAGCCCUGCUCCGCCAGCGGAAGGGGGAGAUCCCCGUGCGCAGGACCUCUCGCCGGGAGAGUGAGCCGACGUCCAACCGUCCUCGCACGCUGCGUCCCGACCCGCGGUUCCCCGUCGCCGCCUGUGCUGUCACUGGCGGUUCUAACGAGGCGCCCUCGGGCGGUUUGACCACCUCGCCCCCGUCGGCGGCCACCAUCUCUUCGUCGUCCGUGGACGAUUACACGAGUGGAAUGUCCCAGAGCACCUCGCAUCCCAGUAUCCCGUCUGUCGUGUCCGGGGCCUCCUCGCUGUCCAACGAAGGCUUCCUUCCGAGCAAGGAGAAAGACGGCGAAUCGGCGAUUCAGGUCCCUUCGAUCCUCCGGACGGACGAAACCGUCAAGUGUCCGGUGCCAAGCUUACUCCGGACGGUGGACGACGACGAGGCACGAUACUACUGCGAUGACGAAGAGGAUUCUGACGAUGAUUCCGAAGAUGAAGGCCUCGUCUUUGGUAAAAAGAAACCGCCUCCGUCCCCUCAGAAGCCGGUCGUCCGUGCCGGUCACGAGUCGCAGGCGUGAUGGUUUACCUAUAAAAUACAAACAUUUCAACAAGGGUCUUUAUCCAAUUCUUUGACCUCUUGUUCUACUCUACCUCUUCCGUCAUGAUUCU